UUGCACCCACAACAGCUGAUCGAUUCCAGAAAUAUAAUUCCUACACCGGUCUUUGUUUUUUUACGAUUUAAUAGAAUUGUAUAAUUUUAUCCUAAAUAUCACACAAAAAACGAAGAUGAAUCCAAAUGAUACGCAACAACAACCACAGCAUCCUCUGGCCAAUUAUCAAUUUUCCUCGGAAGAGUUGAGAGUAUUUCGGGAGUGUAAUACAGAAUCAUUUUUCCAACGUUCCUUGCCGUUGGGAACCACUUUUGGACUGGCGGCCUAUUUUGGUGUUAAACAAGGUUUUAUACCGCCCAAUGUUAAAUAUGGUCCGGUGCCCAAAGUAAUAUUGGGUGUAGUGCUGGGCUAUUUUGUGGGUAAAUUUAGUUACCAGCAAAAAUGUGCCGAGAAAAUUAUGGCUCUGCCUGAUUCCCGUUUGGGUGAACUUUUAAGACAGCGUAAAAAUCAAGGUGGUUUGGCGGGCUAUAGACCAGACCAAGGUUUAGGUAUGGGCAUGUCCCUGGCACCUUUUACGCCCAAUAACAAUGAUGUCUACACAGAUGUAGAUCUUCAGCCCAAAAACAAGGGUAAUGCCCUUAACUUGGAUAUGGAAUCGAGGCCCUCGUUUGCCGGCUUGGAUGAUAUCUAUAGACCCAAUUUAGAUUCUCCCUCAACUACACAAGUGGAUGCUGAUAUACCUUUGGAACCCGUUAAACCGGGUACCAGUUACGAUGAAUUGCGUAGACGUAAUCGUGAGGAAUACUUAAAGAAACAACAAAAUCCUUUCUCCAAACCUUUGCCACCAGAUGCUCCGGUGGUCAUGAGACAGCCAGAGAGAUCAUCAGCUUAUAGUAGUGGUGAAGCUCCUGCUAAGAAUUUGCAAACAAAUAAAUAUGGAGAUGCCUGGGUGGAAUAAAUCUUAAGCCUUAAUUAAAACCAAAUCUGGGCUUUUUUCUGAGUUAUAAAGUAAUAAUUCAUUAACCGUUUUUGUUUUUUUGUUUUCAUAUAUUUUUAUUAUUUUGCAAUUUAAUAAAAAAAAGUAUUUAUCAUUUUGGAAAAUGGAA